GGGCAUUCGACAGUUAAGUUCUUAAAAUCUUUAGUAGUAUUCAUAAUAUACCCUGGUAUAUCAGUACUUAUACCUGUCGGUUAGAUUUUCUUUGAUAAAAUAAUCUAUAAUAAUCAUACAGGUAUCUGUGCCAACGAGGGGAAAGCAUAUUAGCAUCGAUAAAUUCAAGUAGUGCGAAAUUAACAAUGCAGUCACUUAUACAAAUUGUAAAUAACCUGCAAGAUAUUUUUGCUGUAGUUGGUGAAAAGCAAAUCGUUGAUUUACCACAAAUUGUGGUAGUGGGAUCUCAAAGUUCCGGAAAAAGAUCUGUGCUGGAAAGCAUUGUAGGAAAAUCAUUUUUACCUCGAGGGACUGGUAUUGUUACCAGAGCUCCAUUAAUUAUACAAAUGAUUAAGUACACUAAGGAAACAAAAAAAUCGAUGUUAAAGUUACACAAUAUCCUAGACACAAAAAACAUUACAGAAUGGGCAGAAUUUCUACAUAAACCAAAUUUCUUUUUUUUCGAUUUCGAUUUAGUACGUAAGGAAAUUGAAAAUAGAACAAACAUUCUUACAAGGUUUAAUGGCAUUACAGCCAAACAGAUUAUAUUGAAAAUUCACAAUAAUCGUCAUGAUCUGACUUUGGUAGAUUUGCCAGCUGUAACAAAAGGGAAGGUUGGGGAUCAAUCACCAGAAAUACAUAAACACAUACAGAGAUUAAUCAAUUCUUAUGUGAAGCAACCAAAUUCUAUUAUUUUAGCAGUGGUGACUGCAAAUACUGACCCGUCAACAAGUGAAAGUCUUCAAAUAGCAAAGAAAUCGGACCCAGAUGGCAUCAGAACUAUUGCAGUAGUUACAAAAUUGGAUCUCAUCGACCAAGGGACACUAUAUGAUACUAAUGAUUUACUGUGUGGUCGCAGGAUUCCAUUAAAACUAGGCAUCUUCGGUGUAGUGAACAGAAGUCAAAAAGAUAUCGCUGAAAAAAAAUCAAUGGACGCGAUGUUAACGUUAGAAACAGAAUUUCUGAAAAGUAACUAUCCAUAUAUAUAUAAAAAACACGGCAACAAAGCUUUAGUUCAAACGUUGCAAACGGAAUUGCUAAAUCACAUAAAAAAAGUGUAUCCACAACUUAGAAUUGACUUCGAAGAAAUGAAAAAUAAAUUUGAAAGACAACUUUUUCCACUGUAUAAACCAGAUGAUCAAAUACUGUUUUUAGUAGGACUUUUAAAAGAUAUUAGCAGAUCGUACGAAGACACUGUGAAUGGAAAUCAAAACAAAGUUCCGAUUGAUGAAAUUGUUGGUGGUGCUAGUAUCACUCGAAUAUUUCAACAAAAAUAUUUAAAGAGAAUAAAUGAUAUAGACCCGCUUAAAGAUUUAUCAAACGAGAAUAUUGCAAUUAUUUUAGCAAAUACAUCGGGUACUUAUCAAUGUACUUUUGUAAAUGAAAAGGCUUUACAAAUAAUUUUACGGCGACAAUUAAACAACUUAAUCGAACCGUCGUUGGAAUGUGUAGAAUUGGUGCGUAUUGAGAUGUUAAAUAUUUUUAAUUCCAUUGACGCCAGAUUGUUGGAGAUACUCAGACGAUAUACACAACUCCACGAAGAUGUACGAAAAGUUUUUGAGAGGUUGUUAGAAGAAAAUUUGAAGCAUAUCAAAGAAUUUAUUGUAUCAUACAUAGAAUCUUAUCAGGAGUGUAUAAAUACAGCAAAUCCAGAUUUUAUCUUGGAAAUUAUAAAAUCAAAUAAUACAAUUCAAGAAGAAAUACUCGCAGCUGUAAACAUAAAGAAGCACGAAAGUGAAUACAAUCCAGAACUGAUUUUAAACUCAUCCGGGAUGCCAAUUUUUCCGAUUCCCGACAGAAUGGCCCAAAUCGAAAGAUUAAAAAUUAUUAGAAUUCAAAUGUUAAAUCAAUUACUAUCAGGUCUGAAUAACGAAGAAGCAUCCUUAGAACUGUCUGAACAGAUAAAAUUACAUAGAGAUUUAAGCUACUGUUAUUUUGAAUAUAUCAGGAAAAUCGUGCGGGACUUUGUGCCUAAAAGAAUCAAACACAAAAUGAUAAAUUCAUUUUUAAAAGACCUCGAUCAGCAUUUAAAUCAAGAAAUAUUUAAAACUUAUUUAAUUGAAAAUAAUAUUGACGAAGUACUUUUAGAAGACGAAUGUUUCCAAAAGGAAAGAAAUUAUAUUGAAACCAAGUUGGACGCAGUUAGGAAAGCAUUGAAAAUUAUGACCGAUAUUCAAUAGUUUUAGUUAUUUCUUCACAAUACGAGAGUAUGUGUUUUAUUUUUAAUAUAUCCCAAAUUCAAUUACUAUAACUCAUAAAUUAUUCAAUUUUAUCAUAUUUCCAUACAAUUUUUUUA